AUGGCCGAACCAGUGGUCUCGAAAACCUUUUGGAAUUGCAUCAUCAGGACAGACUGGCCAGACUUUCUUGACGUCCUCACCUUCCUGCUCGAAGUCACCGGCAUCCUCUUCAACGCCCUCGCUGCGGUUCUAUUCUUCAAGAAACACAUUGUCGGCCCGCGGGUCAGUCUGAUCCUCCUGCGUGGCAUGAUUACCUGCUAUCUUCUCUCAGCCACCGUGAACUUCCUUGCUACCGUCUGA